AUGGUUUUGAGAUUGAGGAAAAAUAGAACUCCCCCUUGGGGCUGUAACCGCCCUGAUCUUGCAGCUGCUCUUCCCAGGGAUGCUCCUUCCUGUGGAGUCCCCACUCAGCGCUCCCUCUCCUUCUCUCCCAAGUUCUCGAACUUGCUAGGCACUGUUUAUCGGCGUGGAAACCUGAAUUUCACCCCAGAUGGUAACUGUGUCAUCAGCCCCGUUGGGAACAGAGUCACUGUCUUUGACCUGAAAAAUAAUAAAUCGGAAACGUUACCAUUGGCAACACGGCACAAUGUCACAUGUGUGGGGCUCUCUCCAGAUGGAACUCUUGCCAUAUUAGUUGAUGAAGAGGGAGCUGCCUUGCUUGUCAGUUUGCUCAGUAAAUCUGUAAUACAUCAGUUCCAUUUUCAGAAGCCAGUGCACUGUGUCUGCUUUUCCCCAGAUGGCAGGAAAUUUGUGAUCACGAAGGACAAUGUUGCUCUUAUGUACCAUGCCCCUGGAAAGAAGCGAGAAUUUAAUGCGUUUGUGCUGGACAAAACUUACUAUGGUCCAUAUGAUGAAACAACAUGCAUUGACUGGACUAAUGAUUCCAAGUGCUUCGCAGUUGGUAGCAAGGACAUGUCAACAUGGGUGUUUGGAGCUGAGCGAUGGGCUAACUUGAUUUAUUACUCUCUUGGGGGGCAUAAAGAUGCAAUCGUAGCCUGCUUUUUUGAAGAGAAUAGUCUAGAUCUAUACACAGUUAGCCAGGAUGGGGCUCUGUGUGUGUGGCAGUGUGAUACAGAGCUGGACGGUCUAAAGCCCAUGCCUCCCAAAGAUAGAACUGAAGACAAAAAUGAGUCAGUGAAAGACCUGGGUGAAGAUUUUAUUGAAGAACCCAAGGGUGAGGUGAUUCAUGGAAAAGCCACUACAAAUGAACAAGAAAGGAGAGAGAAAGUGAAAUAUUCACGUGCAGCAAAGUACUUUUUCAACAAAGAAGGAGAUUUUAAUAACCUGACAUCUGCGGCUUACCACAAGAAAACACAUCUUCUAGUCACUGGUUUUGCUUCUGGAAUUUUUCACCUUCAUGAGCUUCCAGAGUUCAACCUCAUCCAUUCCUUAAGUAUUUCAGACCAGAGAAUUGCAUCCAUCUCUAUGAACUGCACUGGUGACUGGAUUGCUUUUGGAUGUUCAGGUCUUGGUCAGCUGCUGGUGUGGGAAUGGCAAAGUGAGUCUUAUGUGCUGAAGCAGCAGGGCCAUUUCAACAGUAUGGUCUCAUUGGCAUAUUCUCCAGAUGGGCAAUACUUAGUUACUGGAGGAGAUGAUGGGAAAGUGAAAGUUUGGAACACCAGCAGCAGCUUCUGCUUUGUAACUUUUACAGAACAUACCAGCAGCAUCUCUGCUGUAACUUUUACCUCCACUGGUUAUGUCGUUCUGAGUGCUUCCUUGGACGGAACAGUGCGAGCCUUUGAUCUUCACAGAUACCGCAAUUUUCGCACCUUCACUUCUCCACGACCAUCCCAGUUCUCUUGCUUAGCGGUGGAUUCCAGUGGUGAGAUUAUUUCAGCUGGUUCUCAGGACUCGUUUGACAUAUUUGUCUGGUCAAUGCAGAGUGGCAGACUGUUAGACGUUAUAUCAGGCCAUGAAGGCCCCAUCAGUAGUCUGUGUUUUAACCCAAUGAGGAGUAUCUUAGCUAGCGCAUCUUGGGAUAAAACAGUCAAACUCUGGGAUAUGUUUGAUAGCUGGAGAACGAAGGAGACACUAACACUGAAUUCAGAUGUUCUUGCUGUUGCUUUCCGCCCUGAUGGCAAUGAGCUUGCAGUUGCUGCCUUGAAUGGAGAGAUAUCUUUCUGGGAUCAUGAAAAUGCAGUGCAGACGGGAUCAAUUGAAGGAAGACACGAUCUUCAGAUGGGAAGAAAAGAGUUAGACAAAAUAACAGCCAAACAAAGUGCUAAAGCAAAAUCUUUCACUACUCUGUGUUAUUCAGCUGAUGGACAGUCUAUUCUGGCAGGUGGAUUAUCAAAGUUUGUCUGUAUUUAUCAUGUGAAGGAACAGAUUCUUAUGAAGAAAUUUGAAAUCUCAUGUAAUCUUUCCUUAGAUGCAAUGGAAGAGUAUUUGGAUCGUAGGAAGAUGACUGAAUUUGGAAGCAUGGCGCUGAUUGAUGAAGGGACUGGGGAUGAGGAUGGUGUUGCCAUUGCUCUUCCAGGUGUAAAGCGAGGUGACAUGAGUUCUCGGCACUUCAAACCAGAGAUAAGAGUAACAUGCCUACGUUUCUCUCCUACUGGGCGAAGCUGGGCAGCUACCACCACAGAAGGCCUUCUCAUCUACUCAUUAGACUCUGGACUGAUCUUUGAUCCAUUUGAGCUGGACAUUGACAUCACACCUACCAGUGUGCACAAAGUGCUAAGUCAGAAGGAGUACACCAAGGCCAUUGUCAUGGCCUUCCGGCUGAAUGAGAAGAAAUUAAUUCAGGAGGUCAUAGAAACUAUACCGUGUAAGGAAGUUGAUGUUGUCUGUUCAUCGCUCCCAGAGCUGUAUGUGGAAAAGCUGCUGGAGUUUCUAGCCUCAGCCUUUGAGACAUCUCCUCACUUGGAAUUCUAUCUUACUUGGGCUCAGCGCUUGCUGAUGCUUCAUGGACAGAAGCUAAAAACAAGAUCAGGGAAGCUGCUGCCCAUAAUUCAGUUCCUUCAGAAGAGCAUUCAGCGUCACUUUAAAGAUGUUUCUAAACUCUGUGAGUGGAAUCGCUAUAACAUUAAAUACGCUUUGGCCAUUUCACAACAACGGGGCAUGAAACGUCCUGCAGAAACAUCAGUGAGUGAAGAGGAGUUGGAGGAAUCUAAUAGUGAUUAUCUUAUGGAAGAGGAAACCACACAUUCAUAACAACAACUUAUUUUCCCUAUUUAUUUUGUUUUGGAGACCUACAGAAGCAGUCAUUUGCGCCAGUGGUAUUCACUGAGAUUAAGUAGCCCUCAUAGUGGCUCAUUUUGUGUAUGUUGUGAUAUGGGGCUUGGAGUAAUCUGCAAAGGUUACAGUAGAAGCUGGCUCAUUUUAGGAUAACUGAAAUGCAAUCCAUAAAGUCCCUAAAACGUGGCCACUGGCCUCCCUCUUCCCAUAACUGAGGGAGGAAGGAAAAAUCUGAUCAGAUAGAAACUCAAACCAAAAGAUAUUUGUUUGAUAUUUGUCUGUCAAAGAUAUUUGUCUGUCAAACAAAAUAGAAGCGCAAGUAAAAAUAUUUUAGUAAAAA